UGCUGCCAUGUUUUGUUUUGGAGUUGAGUGUUUGUCUGGAUUUCUGUCAGUGUUGUAUGUUGUGAAUCUGUGUAGUGUGUGAAUUGCGGUAUGUUUUGAAAAGUCCCGUUAGAUAUUGUUUAUACUAUAUUUGGUGGUUGUGCAAGCUAUUGUAAAAUGUGACAAGUUUAUACUUAUCAGUGCCUCGAAAAAUGCGUCGGUAUUUCUAGUUUGUAAGUGUUUGUUUGCCGUUUACAUCUUGCCUCGGACAUCGCGAAAAUGUUGAGGUUUCUCAGUAGAAAGAAGGGCCGCAACGGUCAGAAGACUACUCACAUCAAACCAGGACCUCAGAAUUUAAUUCCAAAUAAAAAUUGUGUGCAAUGCAAGGUUAUCCUUCUGGAUGGAACCGACUUAUCUGUUGAUUUAUCAAAAAAGGCAGUCGGCAGCGACCUCUACGAGCAAGUUUUUUACUCCCUUGAUCUCAUUGAAAAAGAUUACUUUGGAUUACAGUACACAGACGCCAACAAUGUACAGCACUGGCUUGAUCCGACAAAAGCCAUCAAGAAGCAAGUGAAAAUUGGACCUCCUUACACUCUUCGUUUGAGAGUGAAAUUCUACUCUUCUGAGCCGAAUCUGCUUCGUGAAGAGCUGACCAGAUACCAAUUCUUCCUGCAGCUCAAGUUGGACAUCCUAGAAGGACGGCUAGAAUGUCCAGACAGCACACUCAUAGAAUUAGCAGCUCUAGCUUUGCAAUCUGAGCUGGGUGACUAUGAAGAAGGCUACCACACGCCGGCUGUCAUCUCUGAAUUCCGAUUUGUACCGAAUCAGUCUGAGGAGAUGGAAAUACUAGUAUUAGAAGAAUUUCAAAAAUGCAGAGGUCUUACGCCAGCCCAGGCAGAGAUGAAUUACCUGAAUAAAGCCAAAUGGCUCGAAAUGUAUGGUGUCGACAACCAUAUAGUACUGGGUAAAGAUGGCUGUGAAUAUGCAUUAGGGCUAACACCCACUGGUAUACUUGUCUUUGAGGGAACACAAAAGAUCGGACUAUUUUUCUGGCCAAAAAUAGGCAAACUCGAUUUCAAGAAAAAGAAAUUGACAUUGGUGGUUGUUGAAGAUGAUGAUCAAGGACGCGAACAAGAACAUACGUUUGUCUUCAGGCUACACAAUGAAAAGGCAUGUAAGCACUUAUGGAAAUGUGCGGUGGAACACCAUGCGUUUUUCAGACUGCGGGCUCCUGUCAAAGGACCAUCUGCCAGACAGAACUUUUUUAGAAUGGGAUCUAGGUUUAGAUACAGUGGAAAAACUGAAUUCCAAACCACUCAGACUAACAGAGCUCGAAGAACUGUGCAGUUUGAGAGGAGGCCAAGUCAACGCUAUGCGAGGAGGCAGUCACAUGUCCUUAGGGAGAGGCAGAGAAACGUGCCUAACGACGGACACUCGGACGCGAAGCGGUCGGCGUCGGCCGCAGCCGCAGCCGGGUCGCAGACGGGCAGCUGCCGCAGCAACAGCUCGUCUGCGUCGCACCGCACUCAGUCGCAGCCGCAGCCGCCUGCCGCAGUCGCGACCGCCGCACUCAUCGAGACUGAGGACCUGCUGACGCCGCCACUGCCUUCGGACAUCUCCUCCCUGUCCGGCACGCUCAAGCGCAAUAAGAACGCUCCCACUGGAGUUGCCGAAGAAAGACUAGACACUCUACUGAAGAGUCUAGCUAAGGAGUCCAUCACUAAUGUGAACUUAGAAGACAUUAAUGACUCCUCCUUCCCCAUGUCGGGAUCAACCGAUAAAGCUGACGUAAGGAAGAUGCACGUCGGCUGUUCAGAUUCAGAUGGAGCGUCCGAGUGUGGAGCUGCGGGAGCGGUUGCGGGAGCGGUUGCGGGAGCGGGAUCGGUUGCCAGCAGCCAUCAGUCUCCGAUUCCCAACAACCGCAGUCAGACGCUGGGUAGUAGCAGUGGACCGCGCCCCAUUCCGCCCGAUCAACUCAAGUGUAACAUCCUCAAAGCCAAAGUUGAAGAAGAAAUGAGAAGAUCCCCGAUUGAGGCAACGCCUCCUCUGAGAGAUGAACGUACAAAAGUAUCAAACGUCUCUGAUAUCCCAGUGGUUGUCAAUGGGGAUGUUAUCCCGCAAAAUAGAAAGAAUCUUCAAUUUGGAAAAGAACAAGCUACAUUCGUAUCUGUGGGUGGUGAUAAGUUGACAUUGUCUUUGAAUGGUCAGGAGAAAGAGAGCCACCACGAGAACGGGCUGGAAGCGCCAGACGGAGCCGCGACGGCCGCCGCGGGAACGAAAGAGGAGUCUAAUCGCUCGCCGACGCCCGUCACCGUCACGCACUUCUCGUGGGGCGAAUGCGGAAAGCUGGAGCAACGUGUGGUCUCGCCCAAUCGCACACCUUCACCACGUUCCCCCACUCCUUUCCUUUCACUCUCUCUGCAGCCGCAGGAAGCCCCCUCCAAUCCCUUCAACCCGUUCACUUCCAUGCACACCGAAGCAAAGCCCAACACCAAUCCCUUCCUCAAUCCAUUCAUGGAGCUGUCCGAAGUUGUCACUGAGGACUCAACGGAUAGCAAAGAGGACAAAGUGAAAGAAGCCACAGAAUUGCACAAGGUUAACGGUGACUCCAAAUGUCCCAGCUCCCCGAAACCGGUUCUCAAUGAGAUCAUACCUCGCUCGCCCACUGAAAAGACGGCGGUCUUGAACAAAAUUAACUCGUCCAACAAUAAAAUUCAGGAUCCCAAUAUAACCAGCGAUGAAAACAAGAAAAUCACCAAGGACUCCAAUAAAAGUGGCGUCAGUAAUACACUGAACCAGCUGUCACCCUGGCUGGUCACCGAGCCAAUCACCAACAACACUUCAAAGACAAAAACUGAACCGACACAAAUUAUCAGGAAAACCGUCAUCACAACUCAACUCUAGCUCUAGCGAUAUCAUUUUCAAAUAGAAUUUUGCUGUGAGGAAUGAUGAAACACUCAUAUUAAUAAAUAACCAGUAUUGUAUAUAUUCUACCUUGAAUAUUACCAAGGUAAGGGAAACGUUGUUACAUGUUUACUAUGCUUCUUAGUCAAUUAAUGUGAAAGGAAUUUAUGACGGAAAUGUCCAGAGCCAUGAAUGGAUAUUUUACAUUUUCAAGUAGAACUGUGAAUGAUAUAGGAUGAUGAAUCGCUCAUCCAGCAUUUAGCUCAUCCAGGAUUUUUUUAAUCAAUGACCGAUUGCCAAGGAAGAUUACUGUAAUCAUUUUCUUAUUUAAAUGAAAUACUUUAUCAAAUGUCGGCUCAAUUUUGUACCGUCUUGCCAAAACUUGUAAGUGAUUUGUGUACAAACACCAUUCAUUUAUUUGUUUAUCAAUAUGAACAAAUUCCUUGAUAAUUAUUGCAUUUAUAAACCGAAUGAAUUUAGAAUUAUGAUUCAAAGGCUGUCAUAAGAAUUGACUGACUAUCAAAUAAAAGGUAUGCAUCCAAUGAAGUUCAUAAAGUGGCUUCUCCACUCAUCUAGUUAGAGUAAUUAAAAAAUUAUUGUAGUAUUAUUCUCUUAUGUAUAUAGGUUUCGUAUUUGUUAUGUGUAUCAGAAUGAUUUAAUUUUGUUUGAUUUAUUUUAAUAUGUGGUAACCUUUAUUUACCUUGCUGUGUAUGUCGAUACACGUAGAUUUUUUGGAAAGUAAAAUGGGUGUUGUUAUAGAUUCGAAACGAAAGUACAGUAUAUUUUGAAGUAAAUCUUUACGUAUUGUUCACAGUAUUAAAAAAACAAUAAAAUUUGGUAAUUAAAAUUAAUAAAUAUGAAUAUAAAUUCAGACUAAGCUACAGAUUAUAAGAAUCUGAUUCUCAUUGGCAUAAAGCUACUGCAUUAAACGCCAUGGAAUGUUUCAGCGAUGAGCCCAGCUCUAGAAACAACUCUUCAACGUCCAACGUUCUCAAGUUCUAAGAGUAGAUUUUUUUAUAAUUAGAUACUCCAGUGAAUAAUAUUUUCUGUAAUAGUAUUUUCUCAGUUUCUACUUUUCCCUCAAUUAUAUGGUACUUGAAUGAGCUCUGAGCUAUUAUACAUCUUGGAAGCUAAAAGCUUGCAAUUGAAUUUAAAAUAAUAUUCACUUUGAAAAAAGGCAUUCUUAAAUGCAUUUUCACGAUCCCAUUUGUUAAAUUGAUUUACAGGAAAAUUAGUUGUAGCGCUAGAUAUGUUUGGAACUUUACGGUUUGGUUAUAUUUUACCAAGCAAUUCAUAUAUUGCUUAAUAGUAUUUGAUCGGAGUCAUCCUUUCAUUGAGAAACAAAACAUAUUAUAAAAACAAAAACAUAUCAUUUCAUUGAUAUCUAUUUCGAAUCAGGGAAAUGAUAUCAUAUAUCUAAUUUUUGGCCUUUAUGAAAAUAGCACCAUCGUGUUCUUAAAAUAAGAGAAGACUUGGUACUCUAGUAUACUUCUGAAUCCAGAGUCCAACCUUUCAUUGACUGGAAAAUUUCAUGGCAGAAGCCAGUUAUUGUUUCGCAGUCUUUAAAAAAGCUGCAAUCUUUUCCUUGAAGAAUUGAAAAAACCUUUGAAAAUAUUUAUUUUCUAUGUCUAUUACAAUCAUCGAAAACUAUUGCAUUUAUGAAAUAUUUUUCAAUAUAACGAUUCCGUGUGCAAUAACGUAUGUUAACUGUACUUGAAACGACAAUAAACAGAUAUUAUUGUUUUUCAUCAGAAAAAAUAUUUCCCGUUAUUUUUGAGAAUUUCAAAUAGACUAUACAAUAAUUUUUGAUUUAGCUAAAGAUUGAGCUAUAUUUAAAUUUUGUAAAGAAGAUACAUGCUCAUUUUAUGAAUUUCUUUUUCGGUUUUAUAUUUUUCCAUAAUUGUUGAGAGGACAUGCAAUAUUUUAAUACAUUUUAUUAGACUUUACUUUAGUAGAAAUGAAGUAAUUAUACACGAAGACAAUAACUUUAGAUCAAUACAUCAUAACAAAGAUACAAAAUGUAUUUAUUUAUUAUUUUAGUUUUAAAGAAUGUUUACUCCAUCUAUUAUCAGACUACUGAAUUGCAUGGGAACCAUCUACACCCCAUGCAAUCUCUUAAUAUUAGUGUAAUGUAUUAUUUCUUUAAGAAUAACUUUUCAAAUCAUUGUCUUUUUAGAUUCCUAUUCCAUCUGCAAUUCAACAUUCCAUUGAGUGACUCAACUUGAAUUCAAAACUUAUUGGAAAUACUGUUUCACCAUAAGAGUUUCAAAAAGCCAUAACAACCUCUAUAACAAACCAAGAAUUUUUCACCAAUUAAGAAAAAAUGAUACAGUACUGUACUGUACAUGAAAUCUAAGGUAUCUAUCAAAUCCCAGAAAUCAAUUUUGGAUUUGUUUCAACUAACUUUCUUAAAUUUAUAUGUAGUAGUGAUGGUGAUAAUGUGCUAGGUAUUCAUAGCUUCAUAUACUUCAUGUAACAGAACACUUUAAUAAGAUACUUGUCUUGUAACUGCUGAAAACUUGGUCUCACAUGUAGCGGGUAGCUUAAAAUAGAUUUAAACUUUUAUUCGUGUAUCUAUUUCAAGAUCACCCAAGGUGCUCGAAUAGAUUUCAAACGUAACUUUCAAUUACAGCAGCUACAUUUCUGUCAGUUGUAACAUAUUUUUUUAUUCUACAGUGAUAGGUCUUACAUAAAAUUAUACAUUUUUUUAUACAAUACUUUUAUAGGUUUCGCAUGUUUGCCGCAAUACUUGAGAAACUUGACAUAUCAAUUUAAUAUUAAAAAAUCGAACGAAUUUUCUUAGUUGAAAAUACAAUACUAAUACUCCUCUUUUCAACUUGGAAGUUGAUUGUGCAAUUAUACUAUGUGCCAUACUUCUCUAUAAUCCAUUCAAAUCCUGUCUCCUAUCCAAGCUCAAAGACAAUAAUCUGAAAAGAACCAUAACUGUAUUAUGUGUUUUAUUGAAGUAUAUCCUGAAUUUUUUGUAUUAAAGAAAACAGUUGUACCUUCUUUCUGUUUAUAAGGAUUAAUGUGCUUUGUAAGUCCGUCCUUUAUAUACAUAUUAUAUGAAUAAAGAUGAUUUAUAUAUGUAAUAA